AGCCAAUCACUCUCCACUCUAAUCGGCAGGCUACCCCCAAGGAACUGUACGUUUUGGGGGCCCUUUCCAGGAUGUCGUGGACCCACGUACGGCCUGCAGCCGGUGGAGGCCCCGAGUUUCCUCGAUUGCAGAGCGGUCGCCCGGCGUCGCCGCGAGCACCUUCCCCCUGGCGGCAGGGAGGUCCGCGUGCUCCCACCCUCGGCGAGCCCGCAGAGGUCACGCCGCAGAGGUCACGCCGGGUCACGCACGGCGCCGCGGAGCCUGUCGGGAGCUCGGGGAGUCAUGGCGACGCCCUCUCUCCGGGGCCGCCUGGCCCGGCUUGGGAACCCGCGGAGACCUGUCCUGAAGCCCAGCAGCCCCCUCAUCCUAGCUAACCGCAUCGGGGAGCGGCGCCGGGAGAAGGGCGAGGCCACCUGCAUCACGGAGAUGUCAGUGAUGAUGGCUUGCUGGAAGCAGCACGAGUUCCGCGAUGGAGCGUGCAGCCAAGAGAUCCAGAAUUUCUUGGCUUGUGCUUCGAAGGCUGAGGAAGCCCGAAAGAUGAAGACACUCCAGGAAUCCUCGGGCCAGUCUGGGAAUGUACCCCCAAAGAAACUGAAUAACUUGUUACAGAGGUUCCCUAACAAACGUCACCUCAGUUGAACACAGGGAAGCCUUUGAGCUAGCCUGCCGUCUUAGAAAAGCGCCUGAGGUGGAACCCUCCUUUCACUCUCAGGUGUCAUGGUCCGGGAGGAGAAGUUAUGCUUUAUCUCAAAAUAAAGUCGGGGGAGACGGGGGCCUUCGGUUGUGGAUUAGGUCUCCCCGCCCGUCAUUCUUGAACCCUGUUCCCCCUUGUCUUUGCCCGCCCACGAAGUCCUUUACACCGUUUAGUGCUUUUGACUGUGGAUGCCCUGAGGACAGUGAGGUCUGGCUAUGGAUAGACUCUCAAUAAUUGGUGUUUGCCUGUUUGGGGCAGAGACCCCUACAAGGUGUUCCCCCUGAUUAAACAAGUGCACUGGUAACCU